ACCAACUGCCCCUAAGCCCCAAUAAAACCUUUCUGCUUUGGUAACUUGCUCUCCCUGGUAUCUCACCGCUGCCUCUGUGCAGGGUAUGAACAUCUCACCCAUGCCCGACAAUGAGAACCGUGAGGAAGGGACCACCGAAGGAGGCUGGAUGCUACUGGAACAGCGAGUGGAGCACCUGGUACCUGCUUUCCUGGGUAGAGACCCCUCCUACCUCUUCACAUUCUUGAGCACGUACAGAGCUUUUGCUACCACCCAGUAGGUCCUGGAAAUACUGUUUAUGAGAUACGGAUGCUUCCAUUCGGAGGCUGAGGAGGAUGGCGGACCCCGGGAGCAGGAGAAACGGGCCAUCUCCUCCAUCCUGGGCACCUGGAUGGAUCACUACCCCGAGGAAUUUUUCCGCCCUCCAGACUUCACCAGCUUGAAGCUGCGCCGGGCGUAUGUAAGGGUCCACAUGCCGGGCUCCGAGCUGCAGCGCCGCGCCCGCCUUCUCUACUCAUGGCGGAAACACCGUGAGCCCAAUGAGCCAGAGUCUCUGGGCGAGGAGGACUCUGGGUGGGAGAUGUGGAUGUGUGGAAGGAACGGGGUAUGCCACAGAGAACAUGUUUCCUGAGACUGUAGGUGGGCCAGGCGUAGGGACUAGUCUCAGAUCACUGUUCCAUUAGCCUGCCGUCUGGGAGAUUUCCUCCUGGUGGGUUCUUUGACUCAAAUGACAAUGUCUGCGGGAGAGGUUUCCUGCCAUGGAAUGGCAAUCACGCUGAUUUGACACUUCCAUACUUGAAGCUUUGGUAGCAGCUCUAGAGCCCCGUCCAGACGUGCCUCGGGAGCGAGCCCCCGCUAUCUCUGUGGUGCCCACUGCAGCCUCGUAGCCCAGGCUGCCGGAAGCCACCAGUUCUCCUGGAGCUCAGCGCGUACGAGAAUCGGAGACCCUCACUGCAGCGUCCCCGCCAGGGCAGGAGGUACUCCCAGCUCUGGCUGACAGUCAGGAGCUGGAAGAGCCACCUGCCCCUUUGGUGGCCCCAGAGCAUGAGCAGCCCUCAGCCCCAGCCGGCGGGGUCACGGAAGGGCUGGAGCAACCACCUGCUGCAACUGAGCAACCAGCCUCAGCUCCCCAUCAGCGGCUCAUGUUGGUUUGUCAUGAUAGGAUUGGGCAUAGAGGUAUUUAGUGUACUCAUGUACUAUUGGCUUCUACUUAACACAUAAAUACAGUUUCAAAAAAUUUA